AUGUGUAAGCUAUACGUGGACGAUGCCUCAACAGAACGUACUGUUCAAAAAUAUUUUGCCAUGUUUCGUUCUGGGUAUGUAAUCCUCGAAGAUACACAACGUUGUGGUCGGCCAACCGAGAUUGUUUCAAGUGAUAUCAAGGUUCCAAUAGAACAAGAUCGGUCGCCACAGGUACUCGAAAUUCCGGAGGCACUGAAAAUAGGUUUUGGAACCGUUCAAUGA